UCUCUGCACAUUGAGGGAGAGAACAUCUGUGCGGCUCGUCAACAGAAGAUAAACACAUGUAUCCAAGGGGAACUGCCAGAUCAGCAGUUCGCGCAGUUGACUGCAUCCCUUUCAUUCGCCCCAGAUAUUUAUUCGAUGCUUUGAGCAACGAGCAUUUUAGUAUUUCGGGAAAAAAGGCGCACAGAACGCUGCAAACGAUGCUACAGCCCGACGUCUGAAAGCAGAUCUGGUCAAGCGGCUACAACUUGCAUUGGAGGAAGAAGGACUAAACAAAAAACAAGAAGAAGAAAUGGAAAGCGCAGGAGAGGCCACGGAGAACGCUGAAGAUUCAGUAGUGGAGAUCCCCUCGAAUGUAAUAGAAGAGGCUCAGGAAGAGCCGAAUGAACAGAUUUUCCAUGAAGACAACGUAGUUGAAGCUGAAAUACAUCAUUUAACUACAGAGGGACAACUUCCAGUACUAGAGGAAUCACCUGUUACCACUGUUGAAACAGAUGCUUCUGCAACAGAGAGACACGAAAUGCCGGAACAGCAGGAAGUUAAGCAGGCCGCUCCUGUGGAAGAAGUGCCACAACAAGACACUGCUGUUGAAAUGGAACAACCAGUGCUUCCAAGUGUGGUAGAGCAGGAGCAGGCUGUCUACCAGGAUAUCAUCACUGUGCCCGAGAAUUUCCCAUCAGCCGCAGUAGAUGCUGUGGAAGUGCCUGCAGUGACUCCUGUUGUGAUACCGGAUCCUGCUCAAAUCGCAAUGAGUGCUGGACUCCCUCAUGGCUCUGCAGUUGCACCAGCGGUGGACUUUACUGCGGACUACAGCGAUAUGUCACAGUUUUCAGCUCAGGUCAUUGGUGAAUAUGGGGACAUGCCACAGCUUCCACCACAGCUUGCUGGUGACUAUGGGAUGUUGCCACAGGUUAUGGAAACGGGCAUGAUGGAGGUAAUACCACAAGUGGUACCCAUUGGGGUGCCCCUCGAAGUACCGGUUGUAGCCAUUCCUCCGGCAGAAGUUCACAUUCCCUAUGCCCUUGAAGAGAUCCUGGCCACCUCGGAGCGAGCCCUCGAGAUGGGGGAUACGCUGACUGUUGUGAACGACAUUGUGGAGGAAGUACCUAAGGUGGAGCCCCAGCCUAAGAAGACAACGGCGCUGGUAGCCAUAGAUGAGGAUGAAGAAGAAGAAAUGGAGGUAGCCAAAGCAGUUCCCGAAGCAAAGGGCAAAAAGAAGAAGAAAAAGAAGAAGACCAGAGCCCAGAGAGUGCAAGAGCAGCUACAGCUGCAAGCCGAGAAAGAGAAGAACUUGCAAAACUCCAAGAAGGAUCGGGUCGAGGCUGACAUUGAGUAUAUUCAAGAGACAAUUGACAGCAAAGACCCUUACUACUACCAGUUUCUGCUCAUCUUUGAGAAAUUCAAGCUCCAAGAGCCAGAAAAGAAAGGUACCGGUGAUGGAGAGACAUUGUCAGAAGCUGCGUUAGCUCAGCGGCUGCUCGAGCGGAAGAAACCUGCAGAUCUUGACGAGAAAGAUGAUGAUGAUCUCGGGAAAAUGGAAGAAAAGCCAAAAUUGUCUAAGCGGAAAAUGAAAAAACUGAGCAGGAUGUCAAUUGCAGACUUAAAGCAGAAAGUAAACAGGCCCGAGCUUGUAGAGAUGCACGAUGUCACAGCAAAAGAUCCAGUCCUGCUGCUGCACUUAAAGUCCUCCAGAAACACAGUACCUGUUCCCCGUCACUGGUGCUUCAAGCGGAAGUACCUUCAGGGCAAGAGGGGUAUAGAGAAGCCACCUUUCGACCUUCCUGGUUUCAUCAAGAAGACUGGAAUCAUGGAGAUGAGACAAGCACUUCAAGAGAAGGAGGACCAAAAGACCAUGAAGGCGAAAAUGAGAGAGAAAGUUCGUCCAAAGUUGGGCAAGAUUGACAUUGACUACCAGAAGCUACAUGAUGCCUUCUUCAAAUGGCAGACAAAGCCAAGAAUGACAAUGCACGGAGACUUGUAUUACGAGGGCAAAGAAUUUGAAACUCGCCUGAAAGAGAAGAAACCUGGCGACCUGUCGGACGACCUGCGUAUCGCCCUUGGGAUGCCAACUGGACCCAACUCCCAGAAAUGUCCUCCCCCAUGGCUUAUUGCCAUGCAGAGGUAUGGUCCACCACCGUCGUAUCCUAACUUGAAGAUACCUGGGCUGAAUGCGCCCAUUCCAGAUGGUUGCUCUUUUGGUUAUCAUGCUGGAGGCUGGGGCAAACCUCCCGUCGACGAAAUGGGACGCCCGCUCUACGGGGACGUGUUCGGAACACAGUCAGCGGACGGUUCCAAUAUGCUUCCCGAGGAAGAGGUGGACCACACGUUAUGGGGUGAGCUCGAGAGUGAGUCUUCGGAAGAGUCUGAAGCCGAGGAAGAAUCUGAGGAGGAAGAACAGGCGGAGGACGAGACGGGCCUGGUGACCCCCGCGGAGGGACUGGUGACCCCGAGCGGAUUCAGCUCAAUACCUGCCGGAGUGGAGACUCCGGAAAUGAUUGAGCUUCGGAAACGCAAGAUCGAAACAGAGAUGGAGGGCGGAGACACACCAUCCCUGUACACAGUCCUCCCAGAGAAGAAGGCAGAGAGAGUGGGUGCUGCUAUGAUGGGGUCCACUCACAUCUACGACAUGUCUGCCGCCUUGACCAAGGGAGCCAAGGUAGCGGGUAGUGUGAGUGAACGUCCAGGAGGUGUGGAAAUCGCUCUGGACCCCAGCGAGCUGGAAAUGGACCAAGCUGCCAUGGCCGCUCGGUACGAACAAACCCUCCGCGAACAGCAGUCGCACCUGGCCAAAGAGGACCUCAGCGACAUGGUGGCUGAGCACGCAGCGAGGCAAAAGAACAAAAGAAAAAAACAACAACAAGACAGUGGCAAGACAACAAAGAAGUACAAGGAGUUCAAAUUUUAGGUCCAUCAACUGGAAAAGCAUCACCAUCAUUUGUUGUAAUAAAGCUCACUUGUGUAGUUCCAUGGCAAGA